AUGAAGGUGUACUGGUUGGUGCUUUGGUCACUCUGGGCGGCACGUCUGGUCAGGCAACCAACGUUGCCAGUUCGAGUUACAGGGGGUUGGUUGCGCGGCGUGAUAGCCCCCGAUGGUUCACAUAAACGGUAUUUGGCUGUCCCGUACGCCACUCACCCAGCCAAGCGUUUCCAGGCACCUGGUCCUGAACCGCAAUGGAGAGGGGUAUUGGAAGCAGUAGAAGAAAAUAUUCAAUGUCUUCAAAGAAUUGGUGCUAGCAUAUUUAUAGGUCGAGAAGAAUGCUUAAUCGUGAAUGUAUAUACACCAGUAGAUGCCACUUCAUAUUCCAAAUAUCCAGUAAUGGUUUACAUCCAUGGCGGAGGAUUCUAUGAGGGAUAUGGUGCAAGUUUGCUAUAUGGCCCUGAUUAUUUAGUAUCUAAAGGGGUCGUCCUAGUUGUCAUGAAUUAUAGGCUAAAUAUCCAGGGAUUUGCUUGUUUGAGAAUCAAGGAAGCUCCCGGUAAUGCCGGUAUGAAAGACCAAGUAGCUGCCCUGAAAUGGGUCCAAAAAAACAUCCAUGCAUUUGGAGGAGAUCCCAAUAGUGUCACUUUGUUUGGUGAGAGUGCUGGUGCAGCUUCCGUGUCUUAUCACAUUCUCUCGCCGAUGUCCAAAAAUCUGUUCCAUAAAGCCAUCAUGCAAAGUGGCUCAUCAUUGGCAGCUUGGGCGAGGCAGUACGACCCGGUGUAUAUGGCCAGUUUAUUGACAAAAGUUAUGCUGUAUGCUUCGGAUAAUGUCUAUGAUAUUUAUAAAGCUUUAAUGAAAACGUCUGACAGGGAUUUAAUUGUUACAAGAGUGCCGAGAGAAAAAGGUAACGUUAUUAUAUCGGAAUGUAUUUAUACACCCUGUGUUGAAGUCGAAAUAUCAGGAAUAGAACCGUUUCUGACUGAAGACCCAUACGAUUUACUAUCUAGUGGUAAAUAUCACAAAGUUCCAAUGAUAAUUGGUGUCAACAAUGCGGAAGGUUUGCUGUUUUCGGAUAUGGAAAAUGGUACAACUAUACCGAAGAUUGUUUUUGAAAAGUCGUUACCUAGAAAUUUAGAUAUAUCUGAGGAAUCGAAACGUAAAGAAAUAGGAGAUAAAUUAAAGGAAUUCUACUUGGAUGGCAGUGAGGUCAGCUAUGACAAUUUAGCAAAUUUUUCACGCUUUCACGGCGAGGUAUAUUUCACACUUCCGGUUCUUGCAGAGACUGAAUUAUAUUUAAGUACUAACGACAAUCCCAUAUAUACCUACGUAUUCAGCUACAGUGGAAGAAGAAAUAUAGCAAAAUUGACACUAGGCUAUGGAUUAAGUAAUGAACCAGGAGCUUCGCAUGCUGACGAUAUAUUCUACUUGUUUCGACAGCCUCUCAUUCCUUCGUUCUUCGAGAAUAAUAUGAUAGAUAGGUUCACGACCUUGUGGACAAAUUUUGCUAAAUAUGGGGAUCCAACUCCGAAUGUGUCUGAUCUUUUGCCAGUAAAGUGGCAACCGACGAACAAAUCAUCGCCCCACUCCUUCGUCAUCGACAGAGAGUUCUCCACGACGCCACUCUGGUUCACCGACUCUCUUAAAUACUUACGAGACGUAUAUCAAAAAUACAGAAGGAAAACGGAUAGAGUAAAAUAG